AUGGCUAUUAAUUUGCCGAUGAAGUAUAAAUUUAUUGAAAAUGAAGCCUAUGGAAGCAGUCGAUCUCGGACAGAGCAACGAUACUUCAUUGUUGGUGAUGACGUCGACGCCCUGCUUAUCAAAAACACUCUUAAUUACACUACCUGGUUAUCCAGAGAACACGACGCUCGGAAAGAAUUGGUCAACCUGUGGUCCUACCUCAACCGGAUACUCGUGUCCGACAUGUUUGAACUCUAUGCUCAUUACCAAGUCGUCAGUCAAGGUGGAUCUAGACCAAUGGGCAUAGUGGAUUUCAGUGCCCUCGCCAAAACAUUUCAAAAUGCUUGUUGGUAUUGGGACAGCGUUAAGGACAAAUGGCCAUAUACUUGCUUCGAUACUAAUUUCUUCUGCUAUAUGCAGUACGGUCUUGAUUCACAGAAACAAACGGUGGUGGAAUCGUACUGGGAGUACCAAGAUGGUUCUUACGUCAUGGUAGAAAAGAUAGUGCCAAUAUCUACAGUCAAUAAAAUGUCCAGACUUGGCAUCGAUCGAAACCAAAGAUCUUAUGUAAUUCAAUAUUACUUUAAUAAUGAUGUCCUGGAGUUCAUCCCCGAAUCCGACCAAAACAACGUCUUCUACCAUUCACGACUCAUGUGGGAAUCCCUAAGCCAGCUGAUGAAUGGAAAAGAAUCCUUCGACAAGUGGAUACGCGACUGGAUAUACGUCGGUUUCGAGGCGGUUGAAGAUCAUGUCAAGAGAAAGUGUAACGAACAUUCAGGAAAACCUGUAGGCGACAAAUAUUUCUGCUUGGCCAAAGACUAUACUGUUAAGAUCCGAAAUUGUGGAGAUUUGGCGGACGUCACUCCUUGCGUUUACGACAAGGAAAUACAAGAUUAUUUCGUAAGAGGACGGUUUGGCGAAUAUGACGAACUGAACCUUAUUAAUUCCGUUCUUGGUAAAACUCAAGCUGUUUUGACGGAGUUCAAGGAUAAAGUCGUAGCUAACGAUCGCAAUGGUCUUAACUCACUUUACGACAAAUACAAUCCUUACAUUACCGUAGACGACUCUAUGUGUGUCUUGGAGUGGCCCAACGCGUUCGACUGUACAAACAACAUGGGCUGUAAUUCCAUCCUUGAUAACUGGAAAUUUGACUGUAAUGGUGGAUACACCUGUAGAAUCAACAUGAUGUACAGAUUUGACUGUAUGGUAAAGUUCGUUUUGAAACAGACAAAGCAGCUGGUAGACGCUGCGGCAAGUGGCAAUUGGGGUCUUUCCUCGGUUAAAAAGGCUAAAUAUGAUUUAAUGAUAUGGCUAUCAUAUUUACCAAUGGCUCGCUACACUAGUUUAGGCUACAACGACAUCAACGAUGUCAUAAUGUCCACACAAAGCACUGUUAAUGACUAUGUAACCAGCUACGACACUAAGGGACUGAAGACUUUUGCCACCAAUUUACCGCCAAUGACGUUUGUUCCCCAAUGGGCAAAGAAUGCCGCAUGUCAGCAAGUAACAGUGCCUACAGAGUAUACCAUAUUCUGCAACUUGGAUCCUCUGUUAAAUAGCGUUUUCCUUUUCAUCAAUGCCUUUGAAAAUGGUGAACAGUCUACAACAAAGAAUCUUAACCCUACUGUGGAUUACCCAGCACUACUGGGCCAGCUUCAGCUUGACAGAAUCUCAAAUUAUAUCAAUCUAAUGACCGAAGCCCUCUUCAAUGACAUUUCCAGUCAACUUGAGGAAAACUUUGGUGAACUGUCAAACUAUUUUUCAUCUCUAGCGGACUACGAUAAAACGAAGGCUGAAGCGGACAUUGCCUACAUUGAUGGCCGACUAACAGUAUUCAAAGAGAAAAUCACAUCCCUGUCUGUUGAAGUUGAAAAGAUGUUUCAAACUGUCUUUUACUUUUCGGUGGGAAUUAAUGUCGCUGAGCUGGUUUCCAGAACCGCCGAGGUCGGUGUAGCCGUGGCACAAGUUGCUCACCCUGGAAACCAGAUACUGGGCGGCUCCAGCGUCUUGGAUCUCAUGGGCGCAAUCAAUGAAUUGGCCCAGGCAGGAGUGACGACGGCAAUUAUUGCCCAACUGCAUGACGAAGCUUUCCCAGAGUUAAUUGAAAAAGCUCAAAAUCUUGGAAAUGGGUUCGCAGAGAACGAAGAACAGUUAUUUGAAGCCAAAGACUUGAUUGACAAACUGAAAGAAGGAACGGAUGCUGUAGGAACUGCAAAUGAUUUUCUGGGAAAAUAUAAUGCUUACGACCCUAAGGUUCUGUUAUCAGACAUAACGUCGUAUGGUACACAGUGGGAAGUUGUCUCCGAUCAACUAUGUGAAGCAGCAUUUUCGUCGGGAACUGCCGCAGCCGCUUUGGGAGAAAUAGGACUAGCUAGUACUGGUGACUGUGUUAAGAUUGGAGUGCUCAUCGCCGAAUUAGUAACAUUAUACGAAGAGUUUUAUGAUUAUCAAUUUGACCUUAUGGACUCUUUGUCUGACACUGCUCGAGCCUACCUCGCCUACCAGAAAGCCAACGAUCUUAAGCUUAUUUAUACGUCUGGAGCUCGCGUCGACAAAGCUUUCUUACAACAUACUGCUGUCAAUACCUUUAUGGUAUCAACAUUGAAUAUAUGGGAAGUUGUUACUGAAUACUGCGAUAUAUUAACUUACACCAGGGGCGGUGAAGUUCCUGACAAAUGUGUAACAGCUAUGGACACCCCGUCACAUAACGCCGUAGCUCAAGUUAUCAGUUAUAUGCCUGCUGAUCUGUGUCAUAUCAACAAUGAAAUAACAGAUUACAGAGAAAUCCCAACGAAACCCAAAGAUUCUAAUGACAAAGCUUAUAUAAACCUGGAUGCACUUUACGCCCAAGAAGCAGUCAAAUUUAAGAUACCUAGCUUCCAAUGGUUAAAAGACAAUGGUUGGGUUGGUCCACAGGACAGAGAAAAAGCCAUGUACAUCAAACGCUUUGAGCUGUUCCUUAUACCAAUGUCCGGCUCACAACAACAUACUGUUGAGCUUCAAGUCGAACCCAGUGUGGCCAACUACCUUCGAUACGGCGGAACUAAGUAUCUUCUUCCGGUCACUGGGUACACAGCUCGAUACACGGAGAAUAGUUUCAACUGUUACCAUGAACAGAUCAACAAUCCUUAUGCUUUGUGCAACGAUGAUGACUUGGUCAAACUAUGUAUCACAUCUAAUGGCUACAUAGAUCGUAAAGUCCAGCCGUCAAUUUAUAAUGAAUGGAAGGUAUCUGCUACGUCCUUACCAACGGGUCAAGUCGCUCCAAAGCCGACAACGAACUUUAAACUUCAGGCUGGUGUCACCAUGUGCGUGGUAAACCUUGCCCCUUCGGCUACUAAAAGAGAAAUUCCAACUAUACGAAGUAUCUUGAAGAGUAAAGCAGCAGAGAAACCUCGACGUGCUUCUCAACACUGUUGCGGUUCGAACCAAUAUUGGACAGGAACCACAUGCACAGCUUGUCCAUCUGGGUCUACUAAGCGGCUACAUGGUUACUAUUGUCAAUAAACCAAAACACGUAUGUCCUUAAUAAUUACAUUUUUGUUAAAAGGCUUGUUUAAAAAAAAGUGUUAAGUCUC